AUGCCUUCUAUGGCAGCUAGGGUUUUCAGGGGAUGCAGAUCGCUUUUCGCUCCUGUCACCACCGGAGGCACCAAGAAGUCGGCGGCGAAAUCGAAGGCGAAACCUAAGUCAAAGUUAAAACCAGACGCUCUGGUGAAGAAGACGCCGAGGACUACUGAUAUCUUCAAGGCCACUACUGUCUCUCCAGCUCUCGCUCAGUUCUUUGGUACCGAUGAAACCACACGCAUCGAUGCCGCCAAAGAGAUUUGGACCUAUGUCAAGUCCCACGAUCUUAAGGUUUACUCUUAA